AAUCACCACCUCACAUCUCAUUAGCAUUAAAACGCUCACUCCCUUCCCCUCCAACCUUCCACUUCUCUUCUUUUCUCUUCCCUUCCUUUGUGUCUUGUCUCUGCCUUGACAACUCCUCAAGCCUCAUUUCUGCUCUCUCUCGGUGUGCGUGUGUGUGUGACUCACCCGCAGAAGCAAAAGAGCAUCCAAACUAACAGACAAAAGAAUAACACUACUCACACACUCACAGAUCUUCCUUUUCAGCUUUUAAACAAUGUCAAACCCAGGUUAGUGACACCCAGCCAUGACCAAACGAAACCCAAUACCAUCACUACUGUUAAGAGGCGUGACCGGACUUUCGUGCUCUUUCACCAUCCGCCCUCACAAUGUCUCGCUCGCCGGCCGACGCUUUUGCUGCCGGUGACUUGCUAUGCGGUGAGGAUGCCGGUGAAGUGAUCUCCGGCGAAAACCACCCGACGUCGUCGUACCUGCCGUCGUAUUCUCCUCCUUCCGACGAUGCGACCAUCGGCGGACUCAUCGACGUCGAGGCGCAUCACAUGCCUGACCCGGAUUACCUACGGCGGUGCCGUCAUCGUUUAAUCGACGUAACCGCUCGCCAGGACGCCAUCAACUGGAUCUUGAAGGUUCACGCACAUUAUGAGUUUCGUCCGGUAACGGCGUUCCUCUCGGUCAACUACCUCGAUCGUUUUCUGUCUUGCUCUGCACUUCCGCGACAAAGUCAAUGGGAGUAUCAUCUGCUAUCAGUGGCAUGCUUGUCUUUAGCGGCGAAACUGGAGGAACCUGUGGUGCCUCUAUUACUGGACCUCCAAUUAGUGGAUCCCAGAUUCGUAUUCGAACCCAAGACGAUUCAAAGAAUGGAGCUCUAUGUCAUGACCAAGCUACGCUGGAGAUUACGCUCCAUAACACCCUUCGACUAUCUCCAUUACUUCAUCUCUAAGGUCUCUUCUUUCUCGGACGACCCGAAACCCGAAUCCAUAACCCGGAUCUUCUCGACUGCUUCCAGCCUCAUCCUCAGCACCACCCUUGUUAUUGAUUUCUUGGGUUUUCCGCCAUCGGCCAUAGCGGUCGCCGCCGUUCUCUGUUCAGCUGGCCAGGGCCAAUCGCCACCGUGCUUCCAUGAUGGAGUAAACAAAGAAACGGUGAGAAGCUGUCACCAACUAAUGGAGGAUUACGUGGUGGACACGUGUCCCUUUGCUGGCUAUAAAGGCCCUGGAGCCGACCCGGAGCCGCCUUCGAGUCCAGUAGGCGUGUUGGAAGGCGCUAGUUCAUGCAGCGGCUGCGAAACUCGCUCUGAGAACCCAGCGUCAACCAGCGAAGCCGAGCCGCCCAACAAGGGGGCACGAUCUCCUGAUGUCAAUGGGGAAUAGAACUGCUCUACAGUAUCCUCAUUAUCAUCACCUUAUAAUACGUCUCUUCUUUCUUCUUGACAUCUUUUGUCAGCAAGAGAAAGAGGUUACUUGUAUUUUUCAUUUUUGUCUAUAUCCUCUUUCCAUUAGAAUCAAUGGUGACGGUUAGGGGAGACUUGGCUCGGAUAGAGGUAAUCUCGAUUAUUUGUCACAUUUAGUUAUAAAAUUAUUAAUUAAUAUCUUAAAGAAUGUUGUCUUUUUGUCCUUUUCAACCAUGUUGCAAUUGCUCUCUCAAGCUGGCCAUAAAUUCAUUAAAUUGCAGGGUUAGGCUGUAAACAUGAUGAAUUGCCUUUAUAAUAAUAGCACGCUUUUUUGUUGAAAGGCUCUCUGAUCAUGUUUUGGUGUGUAUAUUAAAAUAAUAAAAAAUGAGAGACAUAUUCUAGGAGAAGGAUGCAGCGGAUGGACCAGUGGGGGAGAGCCACGUGUCCGACAGCAAGUGCUGUAAGUGGCCAAAGUAAAUAAAAUCUCAGCAAAUAAAAAGCUGGCACUUCGUCUUUCGUGGCUGACUCUAUUGUGCGCAUUACCAGAAAUAGACACAAGGGUAGGAACUUUGUGGGGCUAAAGCAGGCUCCAAAUGGAAGGAUAAAAGUGUAAAAUCACUAGCCAACGGGGUAUUCAUGUGGUUCCUGUUCCAAUGCAAAGAGAUUUGGUUUGGGAGCGUGACGUGAAGGUGAUGAGGGGAUGCCACGUCAGGAAUACGAAAGAGGCAGGAAAGGCGUUUUGGAGGGAAAGGAUCGGAGCCGUCCAGGUGUAAGGGUGAGAAAAUUGGGGCAGAGAUAUGAUUUGACGAACGAUGAGGGUAAGGUCAAAUCAAAGGCAUGUACGGAAGGAACCAAAACAAAAAAGUUGGGCA